CCAAAAUUAGAUCGAUUAAUUGUAUUUAUUAAAAAGAAAAUAAAAUUGAUACAAAACAAAAAAAAUGAAAAUUUCACGUCUAAAAUUUUUACUUUAUUCAUUACAAAUAUUAAGAAUAAUUAUUGUUUUUAUUCCACAAUUUGGUUAUAUACAACCGGAUGAAUUUCAUCAAUUUACCGAACCAUUAGCGGAAAAAUUUCUUCAUGUUAAAACAUUAAAAUGUUGGGAAUUCACUCGAGAUCAACCGAUUCGUUCGAUGGUCAUACCACAGCUAUUGAUUGGACCAAUGUUUUCAGCAUUUUAUCAUGCAUUUCAUUCGACAUUUUAUCAAACAUUAUCAAGUUAUUGGAUAUUAGUAUUACCACGUUUUAUUAUGGUUCUGUUCAGUUUUCUAAUCGAUAUAGUAUUGAAUCGACUAGUCACAAUCGUUAAUUUUGGUGAUCGAUCUUCAUCACCGGCAACAUUGAAAAUAUAUACCGCUUUGAUACAUUCAUCAACAUAUUUAGCAUUCACAUAUUAUAAUCGAACAUUUACAAAUACAAUCGAAACUAUAUUGUUUUCAUUAUUAUUAUUAGUCAUUUUGGAAUCAUUACAACAAUCAUCGAAACAUUGUCAACGAUAUAAAACAAUCGUAUCGAUAAAAAUUGGUUCAUUAUUAUCGAUUGGUUUUUUUAAUCGUCCAACAUUUGUUAUUUUUGCCGCUAUACCUUUGAUGUUUUGGAUUUGUUCCAUUGAUUUGAAUCGAAAACCAAAAUCAAUCAUUAUUGAAUGGACAAAGAAUAUCUGCCGAAUUUUACCAUCUUUUUUGAUUGUAUCAUUAAUAUUUAUCAUUGGUGAUAGUAUCUACUAUGAUCGAUUAGAUAUAAUGGAUAUAUUCAUUGAUCCAAUGAAUAUAAUCAAACAUCUAGUGAUAACACCAUGGAAUUUUAUUUCCUAUAAUAUUUGGCCAUCAAAUUUAGCCAAUCAUGGAUUACAUCCAAUAUAUUUUCAUUCAUUCGUUUCGAUGCCAUUAAUGUUUACAUUAUUAACAGCCAUCAUUUAUCUAGAUUUUGUUCAAAAUAUUUGGAAAUUAUUAAUCAAUAAUCAUCAAGGUAUUAUACAAAUUUUUAAUGAUUUUCUAACAAAUGAAAAUCAAUUUCGUUUUCGUUGUUUACUACAAAUGACAAUAUUUAUAUCGAUAUCAAUAUUAUCAUUGAUUCCACAUCAUGAACCAAGAUUUUUAUUACCAUUAAUCAUUCCAAUCAUAUGUUUAUAUGGUAAUCAAUUAGCCCGAUUAAUGCAAAAAUUUCAAUCAUUAUUGGCUAUUUGGUUGAUCCUGCAGCUGGUAUUGAUAAUAUUUUAUGGUUGGAUUCAUCAAGCCGGUAUUAUACGAUCAUUAUUAUUUCUACAAAAUGAACAUCACAAUGAACUAAUCGUCGGUGAUGAUUUACAAUCAACAACGACGACAACACGUUUAAUAUUUACAAGAAUGUAUUUACCACCACAACACUUGUUGCUUAUACCUGAUGAUGAUGAUAAUCAGUAUUCAAAAAUUCAAAUUGAUGAUUAUUCAAUCGAAUCAAUACAGCCAUCAUUACAAUCGAUUUUUGAUUCGAAAAAUUCAACAAAAAUAUUUCUAAUAAUGCCAUCAUGUUAUGAUGAAAUAUUAAAAUCAAUGAUUAUCGAUUAUGAACAUCAAAGUAAAUCAUCAUCAACGAAUCAAAUUGAAAUGAAAUUAUUACGUAAAGAAUUUCCAAAUUUUAAUGCUGAAGAUUUGGAUCAAUGUUUAUGGCCAACAACAAUGAUCAACAACAACAACGAUGAUGAUAAUUCAACAAUCAUUGAACAAUGGACAAAACGAAUACGACAAACAUUUGGAAUGAGUAUCUGGCUAAUCAAAUUAAAUUCAUUUCAAAUAUGAAUCAAUAAGAAAAAAAAAGAUGUUGUUUCUUUUCUCUCUAUUUUUACAGUCAAAAAAAUGAAAAAAUAAAAUGUAAAUUUUU